CGGGGAUCUGAUCGCGUUUCCAUUGUAGCCAACCAUUCGAUUUAUUAUUGCGACCCGCGACUUGAAAAUGAUGUUGCAAAUGUGAAAAGUGAUACUGAGUUCGCUCUGGAGAUGGAUUUCCUGAGACUGAGCUCAUUAAGAAUUCUAGCAUGCUGCCCAAUCUUCAGUGUGAAGAGGUAUCCAAUGGUACGCAUGCCAAAGGAAAAAAUUGCCGAGUAAUUUCUUCCAAACAUGAAGGUUUGCCAUUCCAACAGAAAGCAGGAAAAGUUCACAGGAGUGUUUCUUCAAGUUCGAAGAGGCUGCGAAUAUCAGAAGAUUCUACAGACCUGAAAGGAAUUGAGAAUUCAAAGGAAUCUUCUGAUAAGCAUGCAUCAAAUCAUAUAAAGUGUGAUUCUUCAGAAAAAAGUCAAGUAUCAAAACAAAAGAGCAAUGGUAGCAAGCGUGGGGAUAAGAAGAACAUUAAAGUUCCUUCGAAGGCUAAAUUUGACUCAUCAUCUAUGAAGUUGGGUGCAGCAGUCUUCAACUCUGCCUGUGGAGGGAACAACUUUUUUGGUAUAAUUUUGGGCAUAUUGUAUUUUUCUACAAAUGAUCAUAAACCUCCUGUCUCUUCACUUCCUUCAUGGCUAUGUCCUUGUUUGAUUAUUUCCCUGGUAUAUAUGUACUACCAUGUUUUAAGUUAUAACUCAGUGUAUAACUUCACAGCAUCCCCCUUUCAACCUGUUUGAAAUAUGAUUUUGGUGUUUGUAGCACGUUAUCUGACAAUUAUCUCAUCUGUUUAAUAAAUUCGAAAAAAACCUUUAGUUAGUCAACUUUUGUGCUAUGUAAAUGACUGAAUGUACGUUCUAUUCUCUAUCAAUUAUCAUAACAAAAGAGCAACGGUAGCAAGCAUGAAGAUAAGGAGAACAUUAUAGUUCCUUCAAAGGCUAAAUUUGACUUAUCGUCUAUGAAGUUGGGUGCAGCAGUCUUCGACUCUACCUGUGGAGGGGACAACUUUUUUGGUAUAGUUUUGGGCAUAUUGUAUUGUUCUACAAAUGAUCAUAAACCUCCUGUCUCUUCACUUCCUUCACGGUUGUAU